CAUUUUAUCCGGUGCUGAACCUCGUUGUGAACAAUAGUUUUUUACACUACAUAUUACGAGUUAUUUUAUAAUUUACAAUUUAAUUUCUUAAUUUACUCAGUAUUUCACUAUUAAACAUUUAUUCCUAACUAAAACCAAACAUGGUUUCUUUAAAUCCAGUUCGCAUCUUGAAACAUCAAGCUGAAGAAGACAAAGGUGAAAAUGCACGGUUAUCCAGUUUUAUUGGGGCAAUUGCCAUUGGUGAUUUGGUAAAAAGUACAUUAGGGCCAAAAGGAAUGGACAAAAUAUUGAUAUCGGCUGGUCGUGGAGGAAUGGAUGCUAAAAUCGAGGUUACUAAUGAUGGUGCUACAAUUUUGAAAAGUAUUGGGGUUGACAACCCAGCUGCUAAAAUAUUGGUUGACAUGUCAAAAGUCCAAGACGGUGAAGUUGGUGAUGGCACAACAUCUGUCACUGUACUAGCUGCUGAAUUAUUGCGUGAAGCUGAAAAAUUGGUGGACCAAAAAAUACAUCCUCAAGUCAUUAUUUCGGGAUGGCGUAAAGCAACUAAAAUUGCACAUGAUGCUUUACAAAAUGCGUCCAUGGAUAAUAGCAAAAGUGACGAGAAGUUUAGAGAAGAUCUUCUAAAUAUUGCUCGUACCACUCUAAGCUCCAAAAUUUUAUCCCAGCAUAAAGAGCAUUUUGCUAAAUUAUCAGUUGACGCUAUAUUACGUCUCAAGGGUUCUGGAAAUUUAUCUGCUAUACAAAUUAUAAAACUUAAGGGUGGAUGUUUAGAAGAUUCAUUUUUGGACGAAGGGUUCCUUCUCGAUAAAAAGAUUGGUCAACAUCAGCCUAAGCGUAUUGAAAAUGCUCGUAUAUUAAUUGCCAAUACACCAAUGGACACAGAUAAAAUUAAAGUAUUUGGAUCAAGGAUUAAAGUCGAUUCAAUGGCCAAGGUUGCAGAACUUGAGUUGGCGGAAAAAGAAAAAAUGAAAGACAAAGUUAACAAGAUACUCUCUCAUGGUAGCAACGUGUUCAUUAAUAGACAGUUGAUCUACAACUAUCCCGAACAACUUUUUGCUGAUUCUGGUAUCAUGGCUAUUGAACAUGCUGAUUUUGAUGGUAUUGAACGUUUAGCUCUUGUUACUGGCGGAGAAAUUCUAUCGACAUUUGAUUCACCCGCCACAGCCAAACUGGGAACAUGUAAACUUAUUGAGGAAACCAUGAUUGGUGAAAGCACAUUACUACGCUUUUCUGGUGUAGCUCUUGGAGAAGCUUGCACAAUAGUUAUUCGUGGAGCUACAGAACAAAUUAUUGACGAAGCCGAUCGUUCUUUACACGAUGCUUUAUGUGUGCUUUCAUCCACUGUACGUGAACCAACCAUUGUGUACGGUGGUGGUUGUAGUGAAAUGUUAAUGGCUAACGCUGUUAGUGCUGUAGCAGCGAAAACUGCUGGUAAAGAGGCGGUAGCAAUGGAAGCAUUUGCCAGAGCUCUUCAGACAUUGCCCACAACUAUAGCUGAUAAUGCUGGUUUAGAUUCUGCACAACUUAUCAGUGAAUUAAAAGCCGCUCAUGCUCUUAACAAAACAUCUAUGGGAUUAGAUAUGGAAAAUGGUAUCCUGGGAUGUAUGCGUGAAACUGGAAUCACUGAAUCUUUUGUUGUUAAGAGGCAAGUAUUAGUUUCAGCCGCCGAAGCAGCUGAAAUGAUCCUGCGUGUCGACUGUAUUAUUAAAGCGGCUCCGAGGCAACGAGUUGAAGAUCGUGGUCAUUGCUAACUCUAACAUAUUUAUAAAAAUAUAUUCAUUUGUAACAAACUAACUCCAAUGGCAAACACAUAAGUUUGUUUUUAAUUCACAUGUUUUUUUAUAUACAUUUUUUUCUUAAAAUAUAUAAAAAUAUGAAACACUA